UGUCAGUCACAUGGUAUGAGGGGCGGGAAUAUGACAUGUCCCGCCCUUCUAUUCUUUUCUCCUCAGAGUUGGGCGAGUCUCCUGACGUCACACCCCGGGGAGACCGAACCGGAUAAUCACCUCAGGGUUCGGUUCUCCCUGUAAUCAGAAUGGUUCUGGUUUCCGGUCCCCAGUCCUGCAGCAGAGGGAUGUCGUCUACCUCCGUACGCGGUAAUACCGCCAAACCCAAGAGAACAUCUCCGCAGAGCAAUGGCCUGGCCUCCCCGGCCUCUAAUCCCAGCUCCCGACGUUCCACUGUAAAUCGGACCCGAACCCUGGCGGUGGAGCCCCCUGCCUCCAGGAGGUUGUCGGGAUGUUCCUUGUACAUGGGGACGUGUAGCUCGAUGCGGCGAAGCGAGAGCACCUGCACCAUUAACAACAGUGGCAGUCCUCGUGGCAGAUUACGAAGCUCGGGGUCUCUACCUUCUAUCAGCAGAGCCGCCACCGCAAAUCGCACCCUAAAGAAGAGUUCGUGCCUCCUGGUCGCUCUUCGCCCCACAAAUGUGGAACAGGAACGGGACAAAUUCUUUCUCUCCAAUUAUACCCACAAUCCCCAGUUCCAGUAUGAGGAGCCGCUGCCGGUCGCUGUGCUGGAGAAGUAUAGCGAGGCAUCGGUCCAAUUCCUUGUGCAGGCUCUGCGGAUCCUCAAUGCCGUCAUCAGUAAAUAUGGAAACUAUGAGAACUUUGAGUUAAUGACUGGAGGAAAAUUACUCAGCAAGAGUCAGAUCUGGUCCUGCUGUCGCCGUUACAUGCAGAAAGAGGGCUGCAGCGGGGAGGUGGUGGUCCAGCUCACAGAAGACCUCCUUUCUCAGGCAGUCAUGACGAAUGAGAAUAGCCGACCCACAUUAACCAUCAACUUACUAGCUGCUCGGCAAUAUUGGCUGGAGGGAGUGCUCCGACAUGAGAUAGGCACACAUUACUUGCGUGGGGUGAAUGAUGCCCAGCAGCCCUGGCACGGUUCAGAAGGACGAAAACAGUUUGGACUGAAGCCCGCGAACCCUACAGAGGAAGGCUUAGCCAGUCUGCACAGUGUCCUCUUCCGAAAACACCCAUAUCUGUGGCGUGGCGCCUUGCUUUAUUACACUGUCAGCCGUGCCGCCACCUUCAGCUUCUCCGAACUCUUCCAGGACUUGCAGCAGUUUGUAGAAAAUCCGGCUGUACGGUGGGAGUACUGUGUGCGAGCCAAACGAGGACAGAGAGACACCGCCCAACCAGGCUGCUUCAGUAAGGACCAGGUCUAUUUGGAUGGGAUUAUCCGCAUUCUGCGGCACAGACGAUCCAUCGACUUCCGUCUGCUGACCUCUCUGGGGAAGGUUUCUUUUGAAGAUGCUGAAGGUCUGCAGAGAUUCGCUGAGCUGGACAACGCUUGUCUGCCACACUUCAUGCAGGACAUGGAGAGGUAUCACCAGCAGCUUAACCACAUCAUGGAAACCAACCAGUUGAGUGAUGAGGAGCUGCAGAUGCUGCUGCCAGAGUGACAGAGCCUGGCAUUGGCUUGAUUUGGCAUUGUUCUUAGCUGUGUAGACCACUUAGGGCUCUAUGACCUCCUGCCAGAUCUUUGUAGAAUGUUUUAUCAAUUCCCACCAGUGUCUUACCAACACUUUUUUUACCUUUUGUAUGCAUGCAUGGUUUUGUUAUGGGUGAUGAAAUCAAGAACACACGCCGGUUAUUAAUAUGUCUGCUUCAUUUACUCUAUGAAUUAUCAGCAGAUCAGCCCUGAAACAAUGGACUUCAGUACUGGCGGUGGGCUCUGGCCCUAGUUAGGUUUAUUUAUUUAUUGUAUUUAUAGAGCACACACGUCUGUCUCCCAUGUCCCGCCUCCGAGGAGCUCACAAAUUGAUUAUGGGGCCCAUGCCUUCUAAUGAACACAGUUUGGCCCACUGAGAUGCUACCGAUUAUCUUUAUGGAUACUGCUGAUAGUUUCCAGCCUUGAUCGCUUGCCAAUUGAUCUAAUCAUCACUGUUGGCUGAUCUUUACCAUGAGUCUUUAUUCGCCGUCCAGAACAGGCUGACAGAUGUCUAAACACGUGUGUGUGUGUGUGGUAUGAACUGUAUUGUGUGUAUACCAGGUGAGAGAAUGAUCAGAUCAGCAGACUGACAACCUGAGAAGACCUGUGUCCUACCUGUGAGUGACGCAUGAGAUGCGGUCUAUUGUAUUCAACUUACCUCUGUGGGUUACAGACUGAACCCGACCUCAUCCUUUAUCCUUUAUCACUGGUACAUUGUAUGUCAUCUGACCCCUGUGUGUUACAGACUGAACUCUGACCUUGUCCUUCAUCACUGGUACAUUGUAUGUCAUCUGACCCCUGUGUGUUACAGACUGAACUCUGACCUUGUCCUUCAUCACUGGUAUAUUAUACGUCAUCUGACCCUUGUGUGUUACAGACUGAACUCUGACCUUGUCCUUCAUCACUGGUAUA